AUGAACUGCACAUCUUAUUUUGCUGUUAACCGUGCCAUAACAUUAGGCGGGAAAAUUUGUCAUUCUGUAUUGUUUAUUUAUAAUUUUUGUUUGCUAAACAUGGAGGUUGAUGAAAAUGCACUGCAGCUCUAUGUGCGCACGCCGGACGAUGUGAAAGUCAUCGUGAAACAUGCCAAAUUGGAUGAGCGACAAUUGACGCAGGUCACACAGGCUCUGUACUAUCCCAGCGCCACUAUAGUGAGUGACAAUCUGCGCCUUCUGGAGCUGGAUGAGCACAUGCUGCAACAGAUACGCACGGGACAGACAUUACACUUUAAAGGUGGCUUGCAUGAGAAAGUGGUGCUCUGCACUGAUGAACGUACAUAUGAUGUAAAAGGCGCCGAGAUAUCCAACAGCCUGCUGGUUGUGCCGGAGUUGAAGUUUGGUGCUGCAACAAGCACCUCACCGCUGAAGAGUCCUCGGAGCGGCAAUGCAAAUGCUUCGCUGGAGCGUAGCUUAAACGACAGCACCGAGGAUGAUUUAGAAGUACCGCGCACCUUGGAGCAGCGACAAGUUCUUAAAAUAUUCCAUGAGUAUUUCGAGUGCCGUGAGAUACGUCCACGUUAUCGCAAGUUGGGCGAGUUGCUCCAGCUGACACGCUACUCCGGACCAGAAAAUGAAUAUUGCAUAGACCGCAAAUUGCUAUUUAGCUUUCAACAGCUGCUGGACACUGUGCAAUGUAGUCGCGCACAAUUUGAGCAAGGACUGCGUCAGUUUCGCGCUAUUGAACUGGAUGGCCACAUACGCAUUCUAGACUGUGAAUACGAGUAUCGCAUUAUAAAUCUGAUGCUAGGACUGCUAAGCGAAAACUCCUGGGCAUUGGACGAGGUAGAGCGCGAGGUAACAAUCUACGCGUUACAAGGCAUAGCACCUGAUGCCAUAGUAACAGGUCUAUUUGAUAUUUAUGUCAAAGCCAGUGAUCGCUGUGUGGGUAAAUUCAAAUAUGAUGAGUCGCUGGUGGCUAGAAUUGUGGCUCAAAAUAUUCUACAGCAUGGAUUGCGCUUUCGCAACGAGGAAUUUAUGAGCACGUGGCAAGAUGCACUGCCCGAGGGCAUGUUUUGCAAGCUGGAGUAUCUGCGUGGCUUGGGCAUUUGUGAUAAGGAGGGUGCCCAACCCUGCAUACGCUCGCUGGCCGAAGAUCAAUUGCCAUUUAAUAUUAACGAUCGCAUGCGUAGCUUGUUUAAAACCAAAAGGAAAUGGACGUUAGAUGAAAUGGAGCCAUACAUUGAUUGCUUUACCACACCCACUCUAUCCGUAUCCACAUUGCUGGCCAAGCACGCGCGCUCGCUUACGGAGAACGGCAUACGCUACUUUGUUUCAAAGCAUUAAUAAUGUUAACAGCAUUUAUUUG